AUAUAUCGUUUACAAUCGCGCGCGCAUUCUCUCCUUCUCUCUUUCACCGUUUCCAUCUCUAUCUCUAUAACCAAAAUAUAUCCAUAACCUUGCUUUUCGAACGCCUCGAAGUCGUGCUUUAUAAUUAAUAAUUUCGUUAAAGUUGAAGUUAACCUAAUCGUUUAAUCAUCUCUUUUAUCUGUAAAAAUCUUAAUUAAAAAGUUGAGUCAUAAAUGUUCAUCGAAUAGAAUCGUUCAAUGAAGAGAUAACGUAAUGCUUAAGGAUUGCUACUCGUAAUAGGUUAUGUAUUGUUCUGAGCUUCCUAAAAAGGAUAAGAGUACAGUUUAAUCGUUAUAUUUAUCUUGUAAUUAUUUAAUAUUACAAUAACAAUAAAAAUUUUUGUUGAUAAUUAUUUCCUGUUAAUAUGACGUCAUAAAUCAUAAGGGAAAUAUUUGUACGUAAUAUUCAAAAAAUGUUGUCGAUUAAAGUACCUCUAUAUAUAAAAUUACGGACAAAUUUUAACAAGAACAAUGAUAUUUAUGAUUUUUUGCGAUUAUGCUCUAUGAAAUAUUCUUUCAUGCAAAAAUCACAAUAUUCAACAAAGAAAUAUGUCGAUGAAAAUAUUGUGUACAAAAUUGAUCCAAAAGUUAUAGCCCUAAGAGAUAAAAUAUUGUAUAGCGAAUAUUUGUCUUACGAGAAGAUUAAAUUGGGAUAUCUAAAGCGUUUAAAAUUAAGAAACAAACUGGAAAAGAUACAAGAGGAAAAGCGAGUAAUACAACAAGUAAAUGAGCCUGUAUUUAGUGUUAUGUUGAAUCGUAUUAAUAAUAAUAUUUGUACAGACUUCAAAACUAAAAAUGAAAUAGAAACACUUUCCGAUCCAGAUGAUAGAGAAUCACGUAAGAUUAUACAUAUGCCUUAUGCAUUUACUGAUAGUUUUAAAAUUGUGGAUACACCUGCUGACAUAGUCAAGAAUAUUCCUAAAGACACGGAUGAUAAAUUAUCGCUUAAUGAAAUAUAUAAGAACUUGUAUGAAAAAUAUUUAGAAGCUACAAAUUCAAUACAGGGUAAAGAGAAACCAAGUUUUGUAGAGUACGAAGAAAUUUAUCUUGAAAAGAAAUUUAAAAACUUGCAGAAUGUUGCGCAUAAGUGGAUGGAUGAUUAUGAACAGUAUGAUGAUAUGCAAGAAAAUUCAAGUGAUUGGCUUUAUGGUUCACCUAAUGAAAACACUCAAAUUAGUAGUAUCCCAUGUGGCGGUUGCGGAGCUUUACUACAUUGUAAAGAUCAUACGCUUCCUGGUUAUUUACCUUCUGAAUUAUUCGUAGGUAUAACCGAUGAGGAACUAAAAAAUAUGAUUUGUCAAAGAUGUCACUUUUUGAAACAUUAUAAUACAGCUUUAAAAGUGAAAGUAUCUUCGGAAGAUUACCCUGAACUGUUAAAAGUUAUAAAAACAAAAAAAUGUGCGGUUAUCUUAAUAAUAGACUUAACAGAUUUUCCAUGUAGUAUAUGGCCGAAUAUUGGUAGUAUCUUGCAUCGACAUACACCAGUAUUUGUAGUUGGAAAUAAAAUUGAUUUGUUGCCUAAGGAUUCACCGACAUUCGAAAGUCAUGUUAAAAUGUGUAUAUCAAAGGCUAUAGAAAAUGCAGGAAUAGGGCAAAACAAUAUUAAGCAUAUAUCCUUGAUUUCUGCUAAGACUGGAUAUGGAAUAGAAAAUUUUAUAAAUAAAUUACAUAAAUUAUGGAGAUAUAAAGGAGAUGUAUUUUUAAUUGGAUGCACAAAUGUAGGUAAAUCUUCAUUAUUUAACGAUCUCUUACAUUCUGAUUAUUGUAAAGUGCAAGCUGUUGAUCUUGUACAACGUGCAACGAUAUCUCCAUGGCCAGGAACAACUUUGAAUUUGUUAAAAUUUCCUAUUUUGAAUUUUUCUAAGUGGAGACUUUAUCAGAGAACAUUAAGGCUAAAAGCUGAGAAAGAAAAUCAGCAUGCAAAACAAUACAUACAAAAUUAUCAAUUUAAAUUAUCGCAUAAUAUAAAAUAUGCUAUAUUACAAGGAGUUGUUGGUAAAACAUUCACAUCAUGUAACAUCAAUAAUUCAAAGAAUAUUGGUAUCAUUUCUUUAAGCUCUAAAUUUAAUAAAGAUAAGUUUGGAUUGGAUGAAACUCGUCCUGAAUACAAAUGUAGUCGUUGGUGUUAUGAUACACCUGGAACUAUUCAACCGGAUCAAAUAAUGGAUUUAUUAACAAUUGAGGAAAUAAUAGAAACAUUGCCAAACAAAAUUAUUUCACCUAGAACAUUUCUUGUACAACCAGAAGAAACAAUAUUUAUAGGAGGUUUGGGAAGAUUGGAUUAUUUAGAAGGAAACGUGUAUAUUAGAUGUACAAUUUUUGCAAGCAGCAAAUUACCUAUCACAAUGUGCCGUGUCAGUGAUGCAGAUUAUUUAUAUAAAGAAUUAUUACACACACAAGCUUUUGUUGUGCCUAUAAAUAAUCCACAAAGAUUGAAAGUAUGGCCACCCUUACAAUCAAAACAAUUUGAAAUAACAGGUAUCAAUGAAACAGAAUCUGCAGCAGAUAUUGUCUUAUCAAAUGCAGGUUGGAUAGCAGUCACUCCUAAAGAAAAUGAAAAAGUUAAGUUACAAGGCUGGACUCCAUGUGCACGAGGUAUACAUUUAAGAACGCCAGCUCUCUUGAAAAAAUCUGUUACUCUUCGUGGUGCAAGGGUAGCACGUACGCCAGCUUAUAAAAAAGGAAGACAAGUUUAUUUAAAAGAAUCAAUUUGAAAUUAAUAUUCUUUGAAACUUACUC